UUUACAAUAUAUUUAGAACUAGCAGCUGUUGCUUUUUGUACUUAAAUUACGUCAUCAUUGAUAUUACAACGAGGCAUCAUGGCGGAAGAGAAACCUUGCAAGAAUGAUAUUGCUGCAGUUUUCAAGCGCUUAAGAAGUAUUACAUCAAAUAAGGUAUGCUUCGAUUGUGGUGCUAAAAAUCCAACAUGGGCAAGUGUAACUUAUGGAGUAUUCAUUUGCAUGGAUUGUUCUGCAGUCCAUCGUUCUCUAGGCGUUCAUUUAUCGUUCGUGCGAUCUACCCAACUUGAUACAAAUUGGACAUGGUUGCAAUUGCGGGCUAUGCAAGUUGGCGGAAAUAGCAAUGCAAUGAACUUCUUUCAACAACAUGGAUGUGGUUCCAAAGACGCCCAACAGAAAUACAACAGUAGAGCUGCUCAAUUGUAUCGAGAAAAACUACAUUCUCAAGCUGUAUCUGCUAUGAGGAUUCAUGGCACUAAGCUACAUAUUGACAUUCCCCAUGCUGAAAUUCCUGCUUCGCCAGAUAAAAAAGAAACUGAUUUCUUUGAAGAUCUUGAUAAUGCACAAAUUUUCCAUAAAGAUACUGACAGCUCGGCAAGACAAGAAUUAAGAAAUGGAUCAUGCCUGAAAAGCUCUGAUAAUAAUUCUAAUACUCAGAAUUCUGGUUCAAAUUUAGAAGUUUCAUUUGAAUCAACUCCUACUAAAUCUGAACCUAAAAAAUCAACUAUAACAGGCAGAAAACCUCUAUCUGCCAAGAAAGGGCUUGGUGGAAAGAAAGGAUUGGGUGCUCAACGUGUAACAGCAAACUUUGAUGACAUUGAAAAAGAAGCAGAGAAACUAGAUCGCUUGAGAGAACAAGCUGAAUCUGAAGCAUCAGUUGAAUUGCCACCUGAAGAGCAAGAAAAGCAAAUGGCAUCUGUUCGGUUAGCUUACAAGGAUCUGAGCUUAGAACAGAAGAAGACAGAGGAAAAAAUGCGUCAAGUCAAUCCACAGAAAGCUGAACAGUUGGAACGUUUAGGAAUGGGUUUCAGCGGUAGGAAUGUUGGUCAUGUAGCACAUUCUGCUGCUUCAGAACUGAAACUUAUUGCUCAAGAAACACCUUCUAGUGCACAGAAGAGCAGAGGAGAUGUUGAACCUGAUGAUGAUUUUGAAUUUUUGAGCUUCACCAGUGGUCCACCGAAGUAUGGCGAUAGCCCAUUUUUAUCUCGAGAUUUUCGACUGAAUGAUGUAACUGCGAAAGGCUCAUGGGUGAAUGAAAAAAUGGAAAAAAGAUCUUCUAUAGAUAAUUUACUUCCAAAGGACACCAGUGGUAGAGCUCGGAAAUCAGCUUCUACAUCUAAUAUAGGUACUUCUGAUGAAGCGCAAAAGAAAUUCGGUAAUGCCAAAGGUAUUUCUUCUGAACAGUUCUUUGGACCUAACAAAGACAGUGAGUUUGAAAGAAAAGCUAUGCUCACAAAAUUUGAAGGCUCUAAUAGUAUAAGUAGUGAUGACUUUUUUGGUAAUGAUUCUACAAGAAGAUCAGCAAGUGCCUCAUCCUACAAUACACCUAAUCUGUAUGAUAUUAAAGAAGGUGUCAGGGAUGGAGUAACAAGAGUUGCUGGAAGGCUUUCUAGUAUAGCUAAUGGGGUCAUGAGUUCCUUGCAGCGUAAAUGAAGGAUGCCUUUGCCAUAAUCUGUCGAAAAAUGCCCCGGAUCGAUAUGGCUACUGAGGUGAUGGUUUCUACAUCUGCCAUUGAAUAUCCAAAAGAAACUGAAAAAAAAAAAAUAUACAUGCUGAAUAAGAUUUAUUAUGGCAUGUGUGUAAAAGGGUUUAAUUAUAUUAUAGAAUGUGUUUAUAAUAAAUUUCAUGUUGUAAACAA